UCACCACACCCAUGACAUCGAAAAUUACAUUUCCCCGUGCGUGCGUGUGUUGUCCGUCGCGCACAUUCCGCCCAGUUCGCGAAAAAUCAAAAGUAUUAAAAAGUCUGCCCGUCGCGUGACUUCACGCUCUAGUUUGCGCGGCGAAGGGGUGCUCCUAUUCGAAGGAGUUCAUUUGGUGUUAUUAUCGUUCUGUCCGUUCCGAUACUCGUUUGUAUUUUACGCUUCACACAGACGUGUCGGUCCGGUACUUGCGUACCACCAACAGCAAUAUUUCUAACAAAUUAUUAUAAAUAUUUUGUUCUUUCGGCCGAAGACUUCGCCGCGGAUGCUUAAUUAUCUUCUUGUCCGUGUCCUUGCCACAGCAGCGCAGGUUCCUUACAACACAACGUGUAAUCCACCACGGGCGGCGACGUUAUGGGCAACAAGGCGAUGACUUUCACCGAAUCGCAGCUCGAAGACUACCAGGACUGCACUUUUUUUACCAGGAAGGAAAUACUUAGAGUAUACAAACGGUACAGAGCGAUUUGUCCUGAAGUGGUGCCAAAGAAAAUGACCGGAGACGAACCGGUGAAAAUCCGAGUACCACAAGAACGAAUCGAACAGUUGCCAGAACUCAAGGAAAACCCUUUUAAACAACGCAUAUGCCAGGUAUUCUCGAAAGAAGGUAAUGGAUCGUUGAGUUUCGAAGAUUUUUUAGACUUGUUGUCGGUGUUUAGUGAACAGGCUCCUAGACAAAUCAAAGUGUACUAUGCUUUUAAAAUUUAUGAUUUCGAUGACGACCAUCACAUUGGACCUGCUGACCUUGAACAAGUGCUAAAGCUGUUGACGCGCAGCCAACUGUCGGCUGAAGAGAUCGUUCAGGUAUGCGAAAAAGUCAUCGAAGAAGCAGACGUAGACGGCGACGGGAAAUUGUCCUAUAUGGAAUUCGAACACGUUAUACUCAGGGCACCGGAUUUUUUGGGCACUUUUCACAUUAGAGUGUAGGCAAUCACCACACAACCAUGACGAUUAUUAAAAACCACUUACAUUUUAAAUGUUUUCGUUAAAUACUUUUAUUUUUAUUAGUCUAAAAAUAGUAUGUACAAUAAGAAAACUAAGAUACAAUCAAUUGAGCUUUGAGACAUAUAAUAUUUUGAUAAACUAUAAUAUAAUUACAUUUUGGGACAUGCGCUCAAGAGUUAAUAAAUGUUUUUAAACGUUUAUUACAUUAUUUUAUGGCGGAUAGUUGAUACACAAGUGCACACUAUAAUAUAGGUAACCUAAAUACUUUUCGACACAAUUUCUUGGCCCGUAGUUUAGUGUUGAACAUUGCAAGGGAACAAACAAUACAAAGGUAUGAUAAAUUUUCAUAAUAAAAAUGUCUUGCAUUUGCUAAUUACAUUAAAUAUAAAUUCAGAGAUUGGAUAAGAUAAAAAAUUAAGAAACACAAAUA